AUGGCUGUUCCACCGGAUAUGACCGUCAUGAAUAUUACUGGUAAAUAUACAAUGAAUAAAGCACUAAGCACGAAUACCGACGAGAUCCUGCAACUACAAGGCGUCGGCUGGUUUAAGCGCAAGAUCAUCAGCGCUGGCACCCUGUAUCUCAACGUCAAGCACUACGUCGACGACGCGUCCAUAGAGCAUAUCGACAUCGAGCAGAGUCUGUCAGGGCUUGCAACGACAAACGAGGAUCGCAUUCUUGACUGGCAACAACGUUCGCAUGAGGAUGAUGUCUUCGGUAUUGUCAUCUCUAAAACGAAACGUGUGCCUUUGAAAGAGAUCAAGAACGACUGGUUGAGGGGCGGCUGGACCGAGGAUACAGCAAGCUUCGACAUCGUGUAUACCGAUGCGGACAGCGAUGCGGAGAAGAAUGGGAUUGUUUGGAACGCUGUUCAGACAUGGGGAUUUGAGUACAUAAACGGCGAGAAGAGACAUGUGCGACAUGUCUCCUUCACUGGGUCCAAGGGAGAGAAAGUCCAGUCUCGUCUUGUUUAUGACUACAAGGGACCAUUGUGA